UAGACUGAUAUUUUCAUAUAGCGUCAUUUGCUGUACUAAAACCUAAAAAUCCGCCGUGUUCGUAUUCCGCCAUUUUGAAAGCUGCGAGUGGAAUUUGGACGCGUUGCUGGAUUCUCGAUUUCAAUAUGAAGCGCCAAAAAUGAUUGCAGCGUUUGCAUCGUAGUCUUGAAAAGGUUUUUUUCAUUGAUUUAAUUAGAGCCACCGAAAGCGGUUGGCCAGCCAGAAAAACGAGCAAGGGAUUCCUCACCAGCCUGCGCCCAGCGCCCCCAUAACACGGUAACCACUGACCACUGAGAAUCAAAAAAGAAGCAGAGGAACCACAGCCCGGAAAAGGCCAAAAGUUUUAUAACGACGACGAGGACGACGAACAGAGGGACAGCAGACACAGAUACAGAAACAGCGAAAUGGACAAAAAUCUGAUGAUGCCGAAGCGUUCGCGCAUCGAUGUCAAGGGCAGCUUUGCCAACGGACCGCUGCAAGCACGCCCACUGGUGGCCCUGCUCGAUGGACGCGAUUGCUCCAUCGAGAUGCCCAUCCUGAAGGAUGUGGCCACGGUGGCCUUCUGCGAUGCACAGAGCACCUCCGAAAUACACGAGAAGGUCCUCAACGAGGCAGUGGGCGCUCUGAUGUGGCACACCAUCAUCUUGACAAAGGAGGAUCUUGAGAAGUUCAAAGCUUUACGCAUUAUCGUGCGCAUCGGCAGCGGCACAGACAACAUCGACGUGAAGGCGGCGGGCGAACUGGGCAUAGCAGUGUGCAAUGUCCCCGGCUAUGGAGUCGAGGAGGUGGCGGACACGACGAUGUGCCUGAUCCUCAACCUCUACCGGCGGACGUAUUGGCUGGCGAAUAUGGUGCGCGAGGGCAAAAAGUUCACUGGUCCCGAGCAAGUGCGGGAGGCAGCGCAUGGCUGUGCACGCAUCCGCGGCGACACCUUGGGCCUGGUCGGACUGGGCCGCAUCGGAAGCGCCGUGGCCCUGCGGGCAAAGGCGUUCGGCUUCAACGUCAUCUUCUACGAUCCCUACCUGCCCGACGGCAUCGACAAGUCGCUGGGCCUCACUCGCGUCUACACGCUGCAGGACCUGCUUUUCCAGUCCGACUGCGUCUCACUGCAUUGCACGCUCAACGAGCACAACCAUCAUUUAAUCAAUGAAUUCACAAUUAAACAGAUGAGACCUGGUGCAUUUCUGGUGAACACCGCCCGCGGCGGCCUGGUCGAUGACGAGACCCUGGCGUUGGCGCUGAAGCAGGGAAGGAUAAGAGCUGCCGCCCUGGACGUUCACGAAAACGAACCUUACAAUGGCGCACUGAAGGAUGCCCCCAAUCUGAUUUGCACACCGCACGCCGCCUUUUUCAGCGACGCGUCCGCCACGGAGCUGCGCGAGAUGGCAGCCACCGAGAUCCGGCGGGCGAUCGUCGGCAAUAUUCCAGACGUGCUGAGGAACUGCGUCAACAAGGAGUACUUCAUGCGCACGCCGCCUGCCGCUGCCGCCGGGGGCGUGGCGGCGGCCGUUUAUCCCGAAGGUAAACUACAAAUGAUAUCAAAUCAAGAAAAGUAGAGAGACAGAGACAGGGAAGCGAGAGGGAGCGUUAUUACAAGUAAAAAACAAAAAACAAACAAAAAUUAAAAAACCAAGAACAUAAGAAAUCAACCUACAAAAUCCAAGCAAAAUACAAUACCAGAAAUCGUUUAAACACAUACUUUACACACUCACACCAUAACAUAACACACCCACACAAGCACACGCACACGCACACAGAUGUAGCAAGCAUCCAAACAACAUACUUCUAUUCUUUCUCUGACUCAUUCGAAAGUAAAUAUAUAUAUAGACGACGGGAGUGGAGCGCGCCAGAGAGUAUAUAAAACAUUUGAAGCAAGAUUCGAGAACACACACACACGCUAUAAGAGUUGAUAUAUAAGUUACACAGUUUAAGCUAUACCAGAUAUAUAGAUCUAUAUAUAUAUAUAGAGUGGCUAAGCGCUGCACCAAGAUCAAGAUCAGAAUGUUUGACGUCGAUGAGGAGGAUUAGAACGCAGCCGGAGUUGGCCAAAAGUUACGUUUAUUCAGUAUGUGUCUGUGUAUGUAUAUGCAUUGUUUUGGCUUGAAAACGCUUUGAAAACCAUCUCUAAGUUACGCAUGCUUAGAGAGCUUUCACCGAGUUCCCAUGCUCCUUCGCUAUGAUAACUCUUCGAGAUAUAUCCUAUAUCCUAGCCCUUGACUGAAGCUCCAUUCAGCCAUCGUUCGAAAUUCAGCGUUUAAAUGUGUGGCCAAUUAUCUUCACUUCAGUCUACAACAAUUACGUGCAUAUAUAGCGACAUAGUGAAUAUACAUCUAUGAAUAAGUUUCGAGAUAAUUUACACAUGAAAACAAGGUGAAAGUAAACAAUAUGAUGGAUUAUUGUUGUUGAUGUUUCGCGACCUCCCUUCAUCCCUCCCAAAAAAAGAAAGAAAAACACCCCGGCUUUAACUUUAACAGAAACUAGAAACAAUCAGCGGAAAGUAUGUAAAGUAAUUAUGUUCAGUGUAUUUAGACAUGUAUUCAAUGUAUUUACAAAUUAAUAUUAUUACGGAAAACCAAGCAAAUGAUUCCAAUACGACGAGUAACUCACUCUCCCCGCGUCAACACAUUUUGUAAGCUUAAGAAUAAAAUUGGUUACCUUAUUUGCUCCAUUCAUUGCUGACUUUCAAUUGUUAAACGGUUCGAUUAAGACAACAAAAAAUCAAAGAGGACACUGUGUUUAGCUGAAAUUACUAUUCUUCUGUUGCUCAAGCUCUGCUCUAUAGUGCAAAAUGAUCUCAUCAUUCAAGUUUAUUUUCGCCUUACGUACAUCUUGUAUAUUCGAUUUCGAUUGGCUACAACAGACAGACAAACAGCGAGAAAGUAAAUAACUAAACUAUAUAUAUAAAAUAGAUGACAACUCGGCGCGUUAGAUUCAACCACAUCUAUAAAUAGAAAGAAGAAAACUACAAUUAAAUUAACGCAUAGCUAUGUACAUUUAAAAUAUAACAGAAAUUAUAUUAAAGCAACCCCAGAAAAUGCAACUAAAAAUGCUAAAAGAAAACGAAACAAAAAAAGAUAAUACAUGUAAUAUUAAUGAAUCUAGAUUUACCUUAACGAUAAACAGGCAGCUGAACGACGAUGAUAACAAGGAUAUGAUCGUCGGCGAGCGGCACAUUAAACAUUGUUAGCGUGUAAAUUGUAAUUUUAUUUAACGAGAAUAUAUAUUUACGUGUAAUCGAAAGUGCGCAACAAUUGUAAGACUAUCAUUUUGUACAAUUUUGCAAUUUAAGUUUAAAAACGAAAAGCUUCAAGCAGUUUGGAUGAAUUUCUCCCUCUUUUCUACUAUUUUUCAAAUGUCUAACUGUCUAAAGUCUAUCCGAUAACGCUCAAAAACAUGCCCAACCCAAUGCAAUUCCCUUUUUCCACUUUUUUUUUUUACCAAAAUAUUCAUUUUUAAGGACAAACUUUUUGUAAUAUCUGAAACAUUACGAGCACAAAGCAUACACGCAUACACACACAACAUAGACACAGAUACAGAGCAGUAUACUCACACAUCAAACACACACCCACGCACACACACGCGAUCCUAUAUAGCAAGCUGCAACAACAAAUGAGCAAAGUAAAACAUAAAUAAGCAUAAGCGUAAAAGUAAAAGUAACAAGUAAAGAAGUAAACGUAAAAGUAAUGAGUAACGAGACAAAAGAAUAAAAUACUGUUAUUUUGUAAUGUAUAAAAGGAUAUUUUUAAUAACUGUGAAAGCUAAAUAAAAUUAAAAGAGUAACAAUUGACGAUAUGAAGCAACAAAAACGAAACAAAAAGUUAAGAUGGAGAAGUUGAUUUGAUGAAAACCAAGAAAACCUUUCCAGAAAAAACCACAAAAAAGAAACAAGAGAUAAAAACAAAUAAAACAAAAUCUUUAAUGAA